UUAAUACAGAGCCAUAAGAAGCUUCAACGUGUGCCAAGUAUAACAGCCAUGCAUCACAACCAUGGUCUUUUUAUCCUUGUUCGUGUCAUGGUGAUGUGUGUACAUUUAUUAAUUCCAAAGCAUGCGACUGAAGCUGCAGUAGUCAACAAUUGUACCUGUCCUGUCCACUCCGCUUCAUCCUGUGACAAAAUCACCUAUGAGCAAGUCUAUAACAUCUUGACAAAGUCAGAAAACAGUUUUAAUAUUGAAUCGGCUCUUUAUCCACCAAAGAGCCCCUCUUCAGUCCGUGUGCUUGUAAACGUCUAUGGCCCUAAAGAAACGAACCUUUCGACUCCAGCCGCCAAGUACAUCUGGAGCAUAUCUUGCCUUUAUGCCGCUCUUCCUGCCAAAGUCCUUGAAUUUUGGUCUUUAGGAGCAAUCCAGGUGAACAGUCGCACUCAGGAGCUGAAUAUAACAAUUUCACUUUCAAGCUGUGAUGUGACAAAGGGGAUAUUGAAGAAGCACAUAGAGGAUGCUCUAGCUGCUGUAAUNUAUGUCUGGGCAAUUCUACUAUCAAUUUCUGCUCACAGUAUCACAUUCUUUGUUAUCAUAUGUUGUUACAGUUUUCGUACAUUUCGUGACCUCGAAAAGAAAGACGUAAAGUUAGUCUUCUAUUUGCUGUGUGCAAACUUGGUAGCUUACCAUUUUUGUUGGCUUGUAGUUGGUGUCUUGCUCAAUCCAAUAUGGGGUAUUUUUCAUCUGCUUGGAACUUGCCUUAUUGUUGGUGUCUCUUCAUACUAUGUCUAUCAGUAUUAUUAUUUGACAAGACCCCGGGAAAGGGUGAAUUACAAAUCACCUGGGAAAGGUAAAGGCGAUGGUGAUACUAGUGGUACUGAUGAUAAUACUUGUUAUUCUAAUGAUGAUCGCGUCUUUUCGUGGCGACAGCCUUUUUACUGGAGUUUUUCUUGCAUUUUUGCAACCAUUUGUCUUUUGAUUGUGGCAGUCUUAACUGGUCAGCCAUAUAAUGGAAAGGAAACUACUGAUGAACUUCUCAGAGAUGUAGUUGGGUACUUAAUUCCUUUCUGUUUUGCAUGGCUUUGUUGGAAGAAUAGUAGUAAGAAAAAAUGUACACGUUAUACCAGUCCCCCGGAAAAUCCUAACAAAAAUCCUUCAACUAAUACAGAGGUCUAAAUGAAGGUAGCGAUCAAUUCAAAAUGGCGAAUAUUUGUACUUAUUGACUGAGUAAGAGGCCGAAGCGGAGA